AUGGCCACACACCGCGAUGCCAAGUUCCCAGGGAAGCCCUACAUCGACCCGGCUCCCAUGCCGGCGAGCCAGCCACACAUCGACGAGCUCGGUGUGACCUCGGCACCGCUCAAGUCCGCCAGCUUCUUCAUCGGCUCGCACUGCAAGGAUGUCAACGAGGACUUUAUGCUGUGCAAAAACGAGAACCGUGACCCUGCACACUGCCUCAAGGAGGGCCGUCGCGUGACCCGAUGUGCGCGUGAUCUCAUCAAGAAGCUCAGCGAUAGCUGCGGAAAGGAGUGGGAGGCCCACUACCAAUGUCUGGAGCAGCACAACCAGGAGUUCUACAGGUGCAGGAAGCCAGAAAAGACGCUCAACCAGUGUGUCUUCGACAAGCUCAAAUUGGCCAAGAACAUUCCGGGAUCACCAGAAGGACAGGCGCAGGUCCACGAGAAGAAGAACCCCGUCUUUGGAUGA